ACGGCGAACCACCUAAACACCACUUCUUUUCCUUAUAAUCCUAUUUCCUUUCCUCUGAUCUCGCCAUUUUUAACGCUCGCCGGAGAUGAAAGACUGUGCGAAGCAUCCGGUGGCGGAGGCCAACGAAGAGAGCCCCUUUGGGUCCUUGAGCCCGGACGAGUUCUACUCGCGCCACUCGGUGAGUCACGGCACCGAGUUCAUCACCAAUACUCGCGGUCUCAAGCUAUUCACCCAGUGGUGGGCCCCUCUCCCUCCCGCGAAGGUAAUCGGCGUCGUCUGUGCCGUCCACGGCUUCACCGGCGAAUCCAGCUGGAUGCUCCAGCUCACCGCCGUCCACAUCGCCAAGCAAGGGUUUGCAGUCUGCGCCAUCGACCACCAGGGCCACGGCUACUCCGACGGCCUCGUCGCUCACAUACCGGACGUCGAUCCCGUCGUCGACGACUGUAUAUCCUUCUUCGACUCCUUCCGCGACCGCCACGUGCCGCCGGAUCUGCCGUCGUUCCUCUACGCCGAAUCCCUUGGCGGCGCGAUUGCUCUACUCAUAACCCUCCGCCGCGGCGAUUCCGCGCCCAAACGCCCCUUUGACGGCGUCGUUUUGAACGGGGCGAUGUGCGGAAUCAGCGAUAAGUUCAAGCCCCCGUGGCCGUUGGAGCAUUUUCUGGACAUCGCCGCCUUCCUCAUACCGACCUGGCGCGUUGUUCCGACGCGCGGCUCCAUCCCCGCCGUUUCGUUUAAGGAGGAAUGGAAGAGGAAGCUGGCGAUUGCAAGCCCUAGAAGGACAGUGGCGAGGCCUCGGGCAGCGACGGCGCGUGAGUUGCUAAGAGUGUGCCGGGAUUUGCAAUCGAGGUUCGAGGAAGUGGAUGUCCCGUUCCUGAUCAUCCACGGAGCGGAAGACGUAGUCUGCGACCCGGGGUGCGUGGAGGAGCUGCACAGACGCGCCGCCAGCAAGGACAAGACUCUGAAAAUAUAUCCCGGCAUGUGGCACCAGCUGGUGGGCGAGCGGGAGGAGGACGUGGAGCGCGUUUUCGGAGACGUCGUGGAGUGGCUGACGACAAGAGCCAAUCGCGCUACCAGUUGAAACGCCGCCGUGUGCGGCGGAUGAAGGUGGCCGAUUAAUUAAUUUACGGUAAAUUGGAUUUGGGAGUGAGCAGUUCCGUAGUUGUUGGGCAGCAAUAACUAAACGGUUAGGAGUUGGGUGAGUGUAGGGAGCAUUCCCUUAUUUUUAUGUACUACAAUGCGCCACAUCAAUAAUAAAUACAUGGAUUAUGGUAUGUGUACCCCAAGGUUUGUACCCUAAUUUGUACCCCGCAGUUUUGCACCAACACUUUGUAUUGGUGUAAAACUAAUUUUUGUUAAACGCACCAACAUUUGUGUCCGUGUGAAUAUUUAUUAACGCACCAACAUUUGUGUCGGUGUAAACCAUCGAAAUGUUUGUGCAAGCCUGUGGUGUACAAAUGGGGUAUAUUUUUUUGGUGUAAGUGUAGCAUGGUCCUAAAUACAUAUAACACACCAUC